GCCGCCGGUCGGGACCUCCUCCGGGUGCGGCCGGGCCGCUGCCCACCGUCAGCUCCGGCAGGCGGGGCGGGAGGCGACGCGGCGCCCCCGGAGCCGGGCGGAGCGGCGGGCGCGGGGGGCUGGCGGCGGCUUCGCCAUGAACCCCAGGGGCCUGUUCCAGGACUUCAACCCGAGUAAGUUCCUCAUCUACGCCUGCCUGCUGCUCUUCUCGGUGCUGCUGCCGCUCCGCCUGGACGGCGUCAUCCACUGGAGCUACUGGGCCGUCUUCGCCCCCAUAUGGCUGUGGAAGCUGCUGGUGGUCGCCGGCGCCUCCGUGGGCGCAGGCGUCUGGGCGCGCAACCCCCGCUACCGCACGGAGGGGGAGGCCUGCGUGGAGUUCAAGGCCAUGUUGAUCGCCGUGGCCAUCCACCUGCUGCUGCUCAUGUUCGAAGUCCUGGUCUGCGACAGGGUGGAGCGGGGAACCCACUUCUGGCUGCUGGUCUUCAUGCCGCUCUUCUUCGUGUCCCCGGUGUCCGUGGCCGCCUGCGUCUGGGGCUUCCGACACGACCGCUCGCUGGAGCUGGAGAUCCUGUGCUCCGUCAACAUCCUGCAGUUCAUCUUCAUCGCCCUGAGGCUGGACAGGAUUAUCCACUGGCCGUGGCUGGUGGUGUUCGUGCCCCUCUGGAUUCUCAUGUCGUUCCUCUGCCUCGUCGUCCUCUAUUACAUCGUCUGGUCCCUCCUGUUCCUGCGGUCCUUGGAUGUGGUCGCCGAGCAGCGGAGGACACACGUGACCAUGGCCAUCAGCUGGAUAACGAUUGUCGUGCCCCUGCUCACUUUUGAGGUUCUGCUGGUUCACAGAUUGGACGGCCACAAUACCUUCUCUUACAUCUCCAUAUUUGUCCCCCUUUGGCUCUCUUUGAUAACUUUAAUGGCCACGACGUUUAGGCGAAAAGGAGGCAACCAUUGGUGGUUUGGUAUUCGCAGAGAUUUCUGUCAGUUUCUGCUUGAAAUUUUCCCCUUUUUAAGAGAAUAUGGGAACAUUUCCUAUGAUCUGCAUCACGAAGAUAGUGAAGAUGCCGAAGAAACAUCAGUUCCAGAUGCUCCUAAAAUUGCUCCGAUGUUUGGAAAGAAGGCCAGGGUAGUUAUAACCCAGAGCCCUGGGAAAUAUGUCCCCCCACCUCCCAAGUUAAAUAUUGAUAUGCCGGAUUAAACAACUCUUCUGGAGAGCACCCAUCUGCCAAACAGGAACCGUAUAGACACAUGCAAAAUCCACCCUAUUUUUGCCUUUGUUCAUCCUUCCCAAACUUGUAACUGAAAAUAGGCUCCAAACACCAUUAUCUCAUGCCUUGUUUGAGAUUGACGUCUGUCAGUCACUCAUCAGUAUGCACCAUAGAUGUAGGAGGUUGUUUUAAUAUAUGGCGCUGUGUGUGUGUGUGUGUGUGUGUGUGUGUGUGUGUGUGUGUGUGUGAUGUGUGGUGUAUACGUGUGAGAGAACUUGCUUUCCAGGCUGAUGCUUUAAAAGCUGGUUUGGGAGCAGUCAGUUGAAGAGGAGGUCCUCAAAUGAAAUAAAUACACAGUUGGGUUUUUUUUUUUUUUUAACGGUACUCCGCCUAUGGAAAGUAUUGUUUAAAAGUAUUUUUAUACACUGCUAGUCUCGAGUUGUAUUUCAGAUCGUGCCUGUUGUGACAUAAUAGCAAAUGUAAAGAAUUCUCUUUCCCACCACUUGUUUAUAAGCCUUAGAGUUAUUUUUAGCGUUCCUACUGUUAAAAUAGUUUUUCUUUGGGCUUUGCUGAUACUGGUCUUUAAUAUCAGAAAAGGUGAAUUUUUCUAAUGAAAUGAAUCCAUGCAUAUGAUAUUUAUAUGAAUAUUUUAGCAAUGUAAUAUAUGUUAUGUUGAAUUCUA